CUGCUGUUGUAAAACCGGACCUGUUGUGGCUGCGGCAUCGGUGUAGGACUGGGCAUAGAGUCGCGCGGAAUGCGGUGCGGAUUGAGCGGUUCAGUCGUUGACGGUGCGGCAUUUCAGACGGAUUGAGCGACGGAUUACCGAUAGAGAGUAACAUUGUUGAAGCGGGGUUAAAAAAGCGGUUUUGGACUAGGAUUGUGACUUUUGGGUGGUAAUAGAGACGUUUCGUUGUGGUUUCUAGUGGUUUAGUGUUAUUUUGGAUUGUAUUUUUGUGUUUGAAUGUUCAUUGAAGUUGAAGAAGAUAGAGAUCUAAGUUUUUGAGAUUCAUCUUCUCUACCAAUCGCAUUGCACGAUGAAAACAGGGGGCUAACCAUCCCGGGACAUUUCCUCCCCAUCCAAGCCAGCAACAGCAGCAGAGCAGGAGUAGCAGCCGCCCCCGGAAAUGCUGUCGGCCGGCAUGGGGUACGGGGCAGCCUCCGCCGCCCCCGUGACCGCCGCCACGCCCCCCUAUUCGCCACCCCCUACAGCUAGGCACAGUCCCUUGCCCAGUUUCGGGUUCACGCAGGAGCAGGUAGCCUGCGUGUGCGAGGUUCUACAACAGGCAGGAAACGUAGAACGACUAGGUAGAUUUCUCUGGUCUUUGCCGGCAUGUGAUAAACUGCAUAACAACGAGUCGGUGCUCAAAGCCAAGGCCAUAGUGGCCUUUCACCGGGGAAACUUCAAAGAACUGUACAAAAUUUUAGAGGGCCAUCAAUUUAGCAAUCACAACCACGCCAAGCUACAAGCCUUGUGGCUGAAAGCGCACUACAUAGAAGCAGAAAGAGGCAGAGGUAGACCGUUAGGAGCAGUAGGUAAAUACAGGGUGCGACGAAAAUUCCCUUUACCUCGCACGAUCUGGGAUGGCGAGGAGACCAGUUACUGUUUCAAGGAGAAAUCAAGGACUGUUUUGAGGGACUGGUACUCACACAAUCCCUACCCUAGCCCUAGGGAGAAAAGGGAAUUGGCAGAAGCCACCGGACUGACCACGACGCAAGUCUCGAAUUGGUUCAAGAACAGGAGACAAAGGGACAGAGCGGCGGAACACAAAGAUAGUACCCAACCGAACCAAGACAAGCAGCACACCAUGGACUCGAGCGGUUCGGAGAGCGACACCGAGCCCACCCCCCACAAAAUGGCCGCCUACAACCCCACCGGCAUGCUGCCCCCCCAACUGAACGCCUACCCCCCUCUGAACCCGGCAGGGAUGGGUCAACCCUUGUACCAGACGCCAACCGGUCUACUCCACGACUACCAGACGUUGUGACAGUGGCUGACAGUACCAGGAAAUGAGAACGGGAACCUUAAUAGUAGUUGCAAUGCUGUUGAACAUCAUCUGAGGAAUAGUAAUAAUUGUAAUCUGUAGAAGAUAUUGUGGUUCAUUUUUUUUCUGUACUGAGUAUGGUAUAGAUAUACAGGGUGCUCUAGUAUUGCGUGGACAUAGAACUAUUACCUACGUAUUUUUGGAACCAAAAUGCAUUCAUUAGAACCCAUUUACUUCUAUAAAAAACUGCCGCAUUUUUCCGUUAGAUUAUUAUUAGCGCAUACUAGAUUUUAUGUGCCUACAGGGUGCUACAAAUUCGAGGUACAAGCAUUGGUAUCUCGGUAACCGUAAUAGAUUCGAACAUGGUUAAAUUGGGGCAAAGUUGCCGCUUUGAGAUGUUCACCAA